AUGGCACGACCAGGCGAUUAUAAGCCCCCUGUCACAGCACAGGUCAGUGGUGCCGAAUACGAGUCUGGUCACGGAGGUGUUCUUGAACCUGAGCAAGGACAAGGGGUUCGAGUCACAUCGUGGACACGGCAUUUUGCUAAGGGCGGUCGCCUGCGUCCAUUUCGCCUCCUGAAGGUCGAUUUUCGGAACUUGAGGGGGAGGUACGUGUCGGACUGGGCAAUUUUUAACCAGCAGGUUCUCGCCAGUGCCGUCUAUGUUUUCUUCACCAACCUUCUACCUGGCAUCACAUUUGCUAGUGACCUGUACGUCCUCACUGGCAAUUCCUGGGGAACCAUAGAGGUGGUAUUCAGCACUGGCUUGUGUGGCUUGGCCUUUGCAUUACUCAGUGCGCAACCACUGUGCAUAUUAGGCGUAACUGGACCAUUUUCUGUUCUCGCAGAGAAUAUCUACAAACUAUGCAAUGAGCACUUCCACGUUGAUUUUCUGUCAGUCAUGGCUUGGUCACUCAUCCAUGCCGGCUGGAUGCACUUCCUCUUAGCCUUAUUCAAUGCUCACGAUUGGACCAUGCAAUAUGUCACACAUUUUACUGCCGACAUAUUCUCACUGCUGAACAGUGUCAUCUACUUCCACAAAGCAGCUCUCGAGCUAAAACGCACACACUCGCAUGUGUCUUUAGCAGCCUUUCUCUAUGCAGUGAUCGGCGCGUUCGGAACAUGCAUUCUAGCUAUCCUCUUCUCGACGGCGAACUCGUGGCAACCGCUAUUUCAUCGCUACGUUCGACUAGGGCUAUCCGAGUAUGCGGCAGCAAUAUCGAUCAUUCUCUGGAUAGGCAUUCCACGCAUUGGGGAACUUGCCUCUCUGGAUCACGAACGUCUGGAAAUCCAGACAAGCUUCCGCCCAACCGACCCCAAUCGCGACACGUUCUUCGUCAAAUUCUGGAAACUACCUGUAGAGUGGAUUUUUCUUUCUAUUAUACCAGGGGCCAUUAUAACGGUGUUGUUUUAUUUUGAUCACGAGAUCAGCAGCAUUAUUUGUACUGUUCACCGGUACGGCAUCCGCAAGCCUGGUGGCUUUGCCUGGGACAUUGUUCUUUUGGGUAUCACAACAACGCUCUGUGGAAUUCUUGGUAUCCCACCUGCCAACGGACUUCUUCCACAGGCACCACUGCAUUCGGAAUCAUUGAUGCACUACGUGGAAGCCGACGCUGCUGACAUGGAGCUACGUGGAGACAAUACGCCACCUCAGGUUGCCAGAACAUACGAACAGCGUUUCUCUCCGUUCUUACAGGCAGCUUUCAUUAUGAUAUUUGUUUCUCCACCAUUCCAGAAAGUUCUCGGUUUAACACCGACAUCUGUCCUGGCUGGUCUCUUCAUGUUUAUGGGCUAUCAAAGCCUCACUGUGAACCCAAUUCUUCAAAGAGUCGCCAAGCUCUUGACACCGUCGAGUGAAUUGCCACCUCUGGCGUUCAACGUAACUUGGCUGGGAAUGCAUACAUUUACUGUCACACAAAUCAUCAUAACUGGUAUUAUCUUCGGCGUUACGUUAACAGUGGCAGCUCCAGCUUUUCCGUUGAUCAUCAUCGCACUGGUCCCAUUGCGACUUGCACUUAUGAAUAAGGUGUGGUCCCAAGAAACUCUACGCGCCGUUGACGGAUGGGCUUGCCGCCCUGGCAAGCCAGAGGACUUGAGUGAAAAGGCAACCGUUGCCGAUCCAUGA